GACGCCCCCACCACCACCACCACAACAACCUCCGACACCUUCUCCUACAAUCCUACCAACCAAAGCCCUCCGGAGUGGCGCGACCUUCGCCUCUCGAUCCUCCGUAACCAUGGGGAACUCACUCGCCUGCUUCUCUCCCAAGAUCACGGCGAGGUCCUCCGACUCCGCCGGCCCGGCCCGCCCCGACGCUUCGCCUCGUCCAGCCUCGUGGUUGCCGGGCUCGACCUCGUGCAAGAAGAACAAGAAGAAGAGGGAGGAGACGGCGGCGGCGGCGGAGGCUGAGGCGGCCGAUGCUCUGAUCCGCGAGCAGGCGAUUGCGGCGGUCAUGCUCCUGAAGCAGCACUGGAGCGGCGGCGGCGACGAGAACGGUGAUGCUCUUCACUUGUUCAGGCGGUCCACGAGCACUUCGGGUCUCUUUCCCUCCGCGCCGUCGGGGAAGAGCGGUGUCAAGCAGAGCAUCGCCAGGAGCUCCACCUCUCGGAGGCGGUCGUGCAACGACGCUCUCCUCCCGCCGCUGCAGCAAAUUCUGGCUGAAGAGGCUUCGGAGGCUGAUGGCGUGGAGACCAAACAUUUUGUUCUUGUUCACGGGGGAGGGUACGGCGCAUGGUGCUGGUAUAAAACGAUUGCACUACUACGCCGAGGAGGAUUUAAGGUGGAUGCAGUCGACUUAAUGGGUUCAGGAAUUCAAUCGACUGAUACGAACAACAUUAGCAGCAUGGCAGAAUACGUGAAACCAUUGAUCGGCAUAAUUGACAAGUUAGGAGAUGGAGAGAAGGUGAUCUUGGUGGGACAUGAUUUUGGCGGUGCCUGCGUCUCAUAUCUGAUGGAGUUGUAUCCUCAUAAGAUAGCGAAAGCCAUUUUUCUUGCAGCAGCAAUGUUGAAGAAUGGCCAAAGCUUCCUUGAUAUGUUCUCUCUACAGGAAGGUCCAAGUGAUCUGAUGCGACAAGCGCAGAUCUUCUUAUAUGGAAAUGGAAAGGAUCAACCUCCUACUGCUAUCAAUCUGGAGAAAGCACUGUUGGAAGACUUGUUAUUCAAUCAAAGUCCUGCAAAGGAUGUUGCAUUAGCCUCGGUGUCGAUGAGGCCAAUACCUUUUGCACCAAUCCUGGAGAAGCUCACUUUGUCGGAUGCAAACUACGGAUCUAUUCGUCGAUUUUACAUAGAAACCCAGGAAGAUUAUGCCAUACCUGCUUCCUUGCAGGAGGCCAUGAUAAAGUCUAAUCCUCCUGAAAAGGUUUUCCAUCUCAAAGGCUCUGAUCAUUCUCCAUUUUUCUCGAAGCCCCAAGCCCUCCACAGGUUUCUGACAGAGAUCUCAAAAAUUCCCUGAAAGCAAACCCCAAAUUAUCCGGUUACACGAGAAGUUUUCAUCUGUGGAUGACGAAAACAAUUCAAUGGAGGAAGGAGCUCCUUAUCAGCCAUGGAAGAGGUUUAGGUGCAAUUAUUUGGGUUUGGUUUUCAAUAUACUAGCUUCCGCGUAUCGCAUUCACGUCAUGUCGCAUGCUGCGGUUCCAUGGUCUUAGGUGUAACGUGGUGAAAUGCGGCACCUUCAGGUGUCCCUGAAUGGUUUGAUUGUAUAUUAACAUUUGUAAAAACUGAAAAUGGUCAUGAAAGGAAACGUGGAACAAUGGAGAAAAAGGCUUU